AUGGAACACAUUACUCCAAUAAAGGAGAUUGGCUCAAUCAAGGACGAUUUCACAAUUAAGGUUCGGAUCAUACGUCUUUGGACUCAAAACUCAAAAUUUGAUGCAAACGACACAUACUCGGUUGAAAUGGUUCUGAUAGAUGAGGAGAUAUUAUUGGACACAUUUUUGAAUAUGGGCAUAUGGGAUACUAAGCUUAAGGUAACUUUGUGGGGUCAUAAUGCAUACUACAUGCAUGAUUUUCUUGCUAACAAUAACAGCCUUGCUCCAGUUGUUGUUAGUGUUCAAUUUGUCAGAGUGAAGUUUAUUAAUGGUCGUCCUUUUUCAUCCACCUACUUUGAUGUUAGUAGGUUGUUCAUAAACAAUGAUAUGGAUGAAAUUACAAGCUACAAAAACAAAUUGGUUUCUGAAAAUGGACAACAACUUUCAUCAAGUGGAAUCAAAAUGAUGGCAUCAAAACAAGAUACAGAACACGAUGACUUUCUGAAAAAUAAUUUGUUUUCCAAGAGAUAA